AUGGCUACCAUGGGCGACGUCUGGGUUGGCCUGCCAUGGCCAGCACAAUUGAUCGCGACCUGCCUUGUCCUCAUUGCAACGGUGUUGAUCACGACUCGCCUCACUUCGCUGUCCCGUUCAUGGCCAACGGCAGCAGGAACAGGCCACGAGCCUCCCAUAGCGCCCUACUGGCUUCCGGGGAUCCAGCAUCUGGCAGCCUUCCUUCUCAAUCCUGCCCGCACUUUCCAGACGACGCAGGCGAAAUACAAAGAUUCGCCUUUCACGUUGCUCAUGGGGGGCGUCAAGUUCCACGUCUUUGGUUCUCCGUCUGCCGCGACCCAUGUCUUUGCACGCUCGCGCAUCUUUGCGUACGAACCGGUGACCAUGAGCAUGCUGGAGAAUGGGCUGGAUCUGCCCGUGGCCGACCGAGUUCACUUUCAAAUCGGCCUGGAUCGAGCAAGCGGUGAAGAGAAUACCAAGGGGUUCGUGCUGCAGAACCAUAAUGUCUGGUUGCGAUACUUGUCAGGCGAGCCGUUGGACGACCUGAUGCAGCUAUUCACACGCUACUUCCACCAAGUCCUGGAGCAACAACUGGACAUGAAGACGAGAGGCUGGCAGACAGUCGAUCUGUACCAAGUCCUGCGCAAAGUCAUCUUCGACACCUCUGUCCUGACCUUCUUCGGUCCCCGUCUUGCUCCGAUAUGGGGUCCUACCAUGUGGGAGGACUUUUGCCUGUUCAACGACGCCACCUAUAUUGGUGUCAGAACCAAUUUGGCGUACGUCUUGCAGCCGCGGGCGGGCCGCGCGCGGGAGAGAAUGCUACGCGCCUUUGAACAGUGGUUGACGCUCCAGUCAGACGGAGACUGGCCGGACAAGGACAAGUAUUGGAACGAGGAAUGGGGCGCAAAAAUGAAUUGGGAGCGUGACCAUCUGGCGCGGCAAUUCGGCCUCUCCCUCCGUGGGCGGGCGACGAUGCAGGCGAGCUUCCUGUUUGCAAUCGUUCUCAACGCCGCGCCGAUGGGUGCCUGGUUCACGUGGGUGGCGGCGAGUAAUCCGGAUCGCCUGGCACAGUGUCGAGCCGAGUCGUCCAAGUUCUUGCGACCGAGCAAAUCAAGCCGCUUCGAUCACGAACUGGACAUCGACGCCGCGCAAAUGAGAGGCAGCAGCUUCAUGCAGACGUUGUGGAAGGAAGCGUUACGCAUUGGCACGGCGGCCUCGCCAGCACGUGUAGUCAUGGAAGACACAGAGCUGGAAGGCUAUGUCGUGAGGAAGGGCAGCGUGGUCCUCAUGCCCACAGCGUUGCUCCACCACAGCGACUUGUUCCCGAGAGCAGACCAGGUGGACACGGAAAGGUGGACAGGCGAGGAUGCCAUGGUCCAACAGAGGAGUAAAAGUAUUCGCACGUUUGGUGGAGGUAUGGGCAUGUGUUCUGGACGGCAUGCGGCCGAGCAGGAGAUGAUCGGUCUGGUCUCGAAGCUUAUUACGCUGUUUGAUAUCGAGUUUGAAGACUCGUGGAAGAACAAGUUCCACUUCGACCCAAGAAGUCUCGGUAUUAUGCAUCCUGCAGGUCCUCCCAUGGUACGCCUGAAGCGGAGAGUAUUGUGA